AUGAGGGGCUCUCUUCUUUUCACUCUUUUCUACCUCUUCGUGGCCGCAUGGGCUGGCGGAUAUCAAGGCUGCCUCGAACGCGUGUGGUUGUACCAAGCCUAUUUGAUCGACAGUCUCAACGACUACGAUGAUCAAACAAUCGGUUGGCAGUGCAAAGGCAAGAACUACAAUUUCAAAACAAAGACGUGUAUCAAAUGGAAUAGGAUGCCAGGAAGCAAGAAAGGUUCGACGUUGUCCUACGACCAGUUCUUACACGCUCUGGGUGGUGCGAAAGACCGUACGGGAUGGGCCGUAAUGUCAGGGGGCGAGCUUGAUGUAAAAGCGACAGCUUUGAACACAUACAACAAAUACCUCACGCCACAGCCUGGUCAAGCCGCGGGUAAGGCCAAGGUCAAUAAUUUUGGUGCGCAAUUAGCCGUAAAGGACACUUUCGAAUGGAACCAGUGCAUCAUCAAAGCUGGUGAUGUCGUAGACCAGACGUACAGGGCUAAAUCGUCUGGCAUGGAUGAUGCUACGAAGAAGUUGUUCGAGAACUUUGAUGCCACAAGAGACCUAGUCAUAAAUGCGCGUACAGGUGACCAUGGUCCUUUCCUCAUCGAUGAAGCACGGAAGAAGCUGUCAGGGAUGGACAUCAACAUCGAGGUCAUGGGUGCGUAG